AUGGCACGAGUCAUGACCGCCCAAAUUCGCCAGUACACAACCCCAAUUGAUACCUCUGUUCCGGACUCCAAACGCAAGUACAUUCCAUCCUCAGGGACGUACCCGCGCGGCUUUCGCGUUUCCGGAACCCAUGUCGGGGUUAAGCCGUCAAAUACUACUUUCCCCGAUCUAGCACUGAUAUCGUCCGAUGAACCAUGCUCGGCGGCGGCGGUUUUCACGACGAAUAGAUUCCAGGCUGCUCCGGUGCAGGUGAGCAAGCAGAUACUUGAAGCGAGAGAGGGUCGCGGGAUCCGUGGUGUUGUUGUUAAUGCCGGCUGCGCGAAUGCUGUGACUGGGAAAGGAGGGUUAGAAGAUGCAAAGUCAAUGAGCGCAAAGGUAGAUGAGUGCAAUGGCCUGAAUUCAACCGGCGGGCAAGGUGACUCGAGCACUUUGGUUAUGAGCACGGGCGUUAUUGGCCAACGGCUCCCCAUCCAGAAAAUCCUUUCCGGAAUCCCUACCGGCUAUUCAAACCUCUCAUCAACCCAUGCCGCCUGGCUGAAAACCGCACGCGCAAUCUGCACAACCGACACGUUCCCCAAACUCGUCUCCCAAACUUUCACCCUUCCCUCCUCGCCAGACCGCACAUACCAUAUAGCCGGCAUGACCAAAGGCGCCGGCAUGAUCCAUCCAAACAUGGCCACCCUCCUCGGUAUCAUCUGCACGGAUGCACCCAUUGCACCAUCGGCCCUUCAGUCCCUCCUAACGCACGCCGUCUCCCGCUCGUUCAACUCCAUCUCCAUCGACGGCGACACCAGCACAAAUGACACCGUGGCACUCUUAGCCAACGGCGCCGCGGGCGGACAGCCCAUCUCCUCCCCCACUUCUCCAGAGUACACCGCCAUGCAAUCCAUCCUAACCGGCUUCGCCCAGUCCCUAGCCCAACUCGUCGUCCGCGACGGCGAGGGAGCCACCAAGUUCGUCACCGUGCGGGUCCAAAACUCCCCAUCUCACUCGGACGCAAAGCUCAUCGCGUCGACAAUCGCCCGGUCCCCACUGGUCAAGACGGCCCUGUACGGCAAGGAUGCUAACUGGGGGCGAAUCCUCUGCGCAGCGGGUUAUACCCAGGGUCUUAGCCCCGGAACCCUCGUCCCGGAGCGCACAAGCGUGAGCUUCAAGCCCGUGGAUGGAAGUGCCGAGUUGAAGUUGGUCGUGAAUGGGGAACCGGAGGUGGUCGAUGAAGAGCGAGCGGCCGCCAUCCUACAAGACGAGGACUUGGAGAUCGUUGUGGACCUUGGUGGUGGAAACCAGGGGGAAGCCGCCAAAGGCGGAGAGGAUGCUUUGUACUGGUUCUGCGAUUUCAGUCACGAAUACGUGACCAUCAAUGGGGAUUAUCGAACGUAG